CAUUCUUGCUGCUGCGGGUCUCUUCUGGCUCCGGAGGGCAGGGUCUAGAUCCAGGUGCCAGACUGAAAAGGCGUGAAGGAGUCGUGGUCCCCGCCUCACAGGCGCGGGUCAGAGGCUGGCGACGCCGCCCUGCUGACCCGCGCCAGAUCCCGGACAGGGACCGCUGCGCGUCUCCCGCAGCUUCCGCCCCGCCCACAGAGUCCGAUGGCGGCGGCCGCGUUGAGGGGCCGGGCUCAGGACAGAGUGACCUUUGAGGACAUUGCUGUGUUCUUCUCCUGGGAGGAAUGGGGCCUCCUUGAUGAGGCUCAGAGACGCCUGUACCUCGAUGUGAUGCUGGAGAACUUUGCACUUAUAUCCUCGCUGGGUUGCUGCUGUGGAGCAGGGGAUGUGGAGGCACCCACUGAACAGAACGAUUGUGUAGAAGUGUCACAGGCCAGGACUCCUGAGGGAGCUCCGACUUCCCAGAAGACACACCCCUGCAAGAUGUGUGGUCCAGUCUUGAGAGAUAUCUUCCAUUUGGCUGAGCAGCAGGGAACACAACACAGCCAGAAACUGUUGAGGUGCGGGGCAUGUGCAAAACGAUUUUAUUUCAGUGCAAACAUGCACCAGCACCAGAAGCAGCACAUGGGAGAGACACCCUUCAGGAGCAGUGUGGACAGGUCCUUGAUUGUGAAGAGCUGCAGAUUCCAUGUGUCAGAGAAACUUUGUACCUGCAGGGAGGUUGGGAAGGACUUUCUGAUCACCUCAGGACACCUCCAACAACAGGCCACUCAUACCAGGGAGGAACCAAACAAAACCACCCAGUGGGAAGCAACUUUACAAAGAAAAAAUCAUCACACUUCAGGAGAAUGUAAGAAAGCCUUUAAUGCCCAACACAUACUUCUUCAGGACAGGGAUGUUCACACUGAAAGACAGCGUUUUGUGUGCCGUGAAUGUGGGAAAACUUUUAGGUAUAAAUCCUCAUUUGUUGUUCACCAGAGAGUCCACACUGGAGAAAGUUUUUAUAUGUGUAGUGAAUAUGGAAAACGCUUUAAGGGAAGUUCAACCCUCAAUCAACAUCGAAAAAUUCAGACUGGAGCAAAGCAGUACAAGUGUGGCAAAUGUGGGAAAUCCUUAAGUCACAAAUCUGUCCUCAUUCAUCGCCUGGGAUGGCACAAUGGAAAAAACAGUUUCAUGUGCAGUGAAUGUACUCAAUCUUUUAGUCAUAGCUCAGUGUUCAUUCGACAUCAGAGAGCUCAAACUGGAGAAAAACCUUAUAAGUGUAGUGACUGUGUGAAAUCUUUUACUUCUGUCGCUGCCCUCAGUUAUCAUCAGAGCUCUCACACAGGAGAGAGGCCUUAUGGCUGCAGUGAUUGUGGGAAAUCUUUUAUCUCUAAGUCUGAUCUCCGUUAUCAUCAGAGAGUUCAUUCUGGAGAAAGGCCUUAUGAGUGUAGUGUAUGUGGGAAAUCAUUUAUCACUCGUACUGCUCUCCGUUAUCAUCACAGAGUUCACACUGGAGAAAGGCCUUAUGAGUGUAGUGAUUGUGGGAAGUCCUUUACCCGAAGAAAUAAUCUCAUUAUACACCUAGGAGUUCACUCAGGCUACAAGGCUUAUGAGUGUGGUGAAUGUGGGAAAUCUUUUACCUUUAGCUCUAGCCUCCGUUAUCAUCAUAGAGUUCACACAGGAGAAAGGCCUUAUGAGUGCAGUGAGUGUGGGAAAUCUUUUAACAAUAGGUGGACACUUGUUCGACACCAGAGAAUUCACACAGGAGAAAAGCCGUAUGUGUGCAGUAAGUGUGGCAAAUCUUUUGCCUGUAGCUCUACCCUUCAGUAUCACGAGCGAGGUCACCUUGGAGAAAGGCCUUAUGAGUGCAGUGAAUGUGGGAGAUCUUUUACCACUAGCUCUGCCCUCCGUUAUCAUCAGAGUGUUCACACAGGAGAAAGGCCUUAUGGGUGUUCUGAAUGUGGGAAAUCUUUUAUCGCUAGGUCUGACCUCCAGUAUCAUCAGAAAACUCAUUCUGGAGAAAGGCCUUACGAGUGUAGAGAAUGUGGGAAGUCCUUUAUUCGAAGAAAUAACCUCAUUUUACACCAGAGAGUUCACACAGGAGAAAGGCCUUACCAGUGUAGUGAAUGUGGGAAAUCUUUUAACAAUAAGUGGACACUCAUUCAACAUCAGAGAGUUCACACAGGAGAAAAGCCUUAUGUGUGCAGUGAAUGUGGGAAAUCUUUUACUUCUAGCUCCACCCUCUGCUAUCAUCAGAGAACUCAUGCAGGAAAAAGGCCCUAUGAGUGCAGUGAAUGUGGGAAAUCUUUUACAUCUAGUUCUACCCUCCAUUACCAUCAAAGAGUUCACACAGGAGAAAAACCUUAUGUGUGCAGUGAGUGUGGGAAAUCUUUUACCUUUAGUUCUAGCCUCCGUUAUCAUCACAGAGUGCACACUGGAGAAAGGCCAUAUGAGUGCAGUGAGUGUGGAAAAUCUUUUAAGGAUAGAUCACAAUUCAAUAAACACCGAAGAGGACAUACUGGAGAAAGGCCUUAUGAGUGCAGUGAAUGUGGGAAAUCCUUUAGCCACAAAUCGUCCCUCUCAAUACACCAGAGAAUUCAUAAUAGAGAAAGGUCUUAUAAGUGUAGUGAAUGUGAGAAAUCUUUUACCUCUACCUCUGGUCUUGGUUAUCAUCAAAGACUUCACAGGGGAGAAAGGCCUUAUCAGUGCAGUGAAUGUGGGAAAUCUUUUACUAGUAGCUCGAUACUGGUUCGACACCAGAGAGUUCACACAGGAGAAAGGCCUUACGAGUGUAGUGAAUGUGGAAAAUCAUUUGCCAGUAGUGAUACCCUCUCUUACCAUCAGAGAAUUCAUACAGGAAAAAAGCCUUAUGAAUGCAGUCAAUGUGGAAAAUCUUUUGCCUCUGGUUCCACCCUCCGUUAUCAUCAGAGAGUUCACACUGGUGAAAGGCCUUAUGAGUGCACUGAUUGUGGGAAAUCUUUUAUCUGUAGCUCCAAACUCCGUUACCAUCAGAGAGUUCACACUGGUGAAAGGCCUUAUGAGUGCAGUGAAUGUGGAAAGUCAUUUAGAGAUAGUUCCCAAUUCAGUCAACACCGGAGAGGUCACACAGGAGAAAGGCCUUAUGAGUGCAGUGAAUGUGGGAAAUUUUUUAUGCGAAAAUCUACUCUCUGUCAACAUCAGAGAAUUCACACUAGAGAAAAGCUGUAGGUGUGCAGUGAAUACAAUUUUCUGUUCCAUGUAACCACUAGAGAAAACUCUGAGGAGCCAUCUGUCUGAAUUGAAUCUCAUACAUCUGAGUAUGUACAGUGGCAAGAUUCCCCAUACAUGUCAUUUAUAUGGGAAGCUUAUGUAAAUAUGUUGCACUUUCUGAUUUGCCCAGGGUUCUUUCCAGGUUUAUGUUGCUUCUAUAAUAGUUUGUGUGGCUAAAGCCAUUUCACCUUUACUACCUGGCAGGUCCACCGAGUUUGCAUCAUCCACCACCCUAAUGUGCUCAGGGAAGCUGACCUCUGGCCACCCAUGUAUUGUUACAAAUGAGGAGUAACCUGAGCCCUUAGGGGGUCAGGUUUCCCUCCUUGACAACUUUGGACAUGGACCUGGGUCCUUGUUGGCCUAGAGAAUAUCAUGAGUUUGGCUGGCAGUGUGCAGAGAAAUGACUACCUUUUCCAGGGACGUGUUGGUCUUGUGAUACAAGUGAUGAGUUUUUUCAGCUUCUGACUUAUGAACUUGAGAAGUGCCUGUUGCACAUUGCUUUGGUUUAUACAAUAAUUAAGGCCUUACUAUUUAAGUCCUCUUUAAUCUUUGGUGUUCUGUUUAUUGUAUGGGGUGGUUUGUAAACUGUUUGGGGUUCUACAAGUAUGAAGAGGUGAACAACUUCCUAGCGGUCUCAGACUUUCUCUGCCUGGGUAAGGCCUGGAAACAACUUGCCAGUUUUGACCAAAUUUGCAUUGUUAUUCAUGGUGGCUUAGGCAGGACUGAAGGGCUUUCUUCUGGUCCUCAUUUGAGGCCUGGAUGUCGUGUGUUUUAGGAGUCUCAGAGAUCACCCUGAGGAGAGGGCAGGUAUGAGAUCCUCAGGUAUUUCUGAGAAUUGCAUGAUUUUUCCUUUACUCAAAGCAGGUAUCACAGGUUAUACCAGCAUUGUUGAGGGGCUGUCUCCCCAAGUCUACAGUCAUGUGCCCUGAUGUCCGCAAUUCAUUGAGCUAGGGUCACUGGGUGUAAGGUUACUGGGUCCAAAGGAAACCAUACUUGGUACAGAGACACUAGCCUAAUAGGGAUUGGAGGAGACUGCACCAACUAAAUGGAACAUGCCUCUUCUAAAAGUGCAUCCAGAAAUGUUUCCAGUCACUGCAUGAUAAGUGUGUACAUAAACUCAGGACCUCCAGGCAUGUUUAUCUUGUGUAGCCGAUGUCAUUGUCAGAAAAAAUAAAAAUAAUUGAAAGGUUUUCUGGAUUCCCGUAGACUCUCAGUGAUGUCUGCCUCAAAAUCAUUACUGCACAACAGGAAAGAGGAAAAAGGGGAUCUGUAGGCUGGGGAUGUGGCUCUUUAGACCCAGGCAGCAUUCAUGUUUAUUCAGGUGAAAAUGUUUUCAUUACGUGUUUGCUACCACUGAGGCAAUACUGACCCCUAGAGGGCAUGGGGAGAGAGACAAGUCAAUAUAGGGUCGUCAAACCUAUUUUCCAAAAAGAUUGGGACAUAAAGAUUUUUUUUAUCUUGAGCCAUUUUUUUAAAGCUUCAGUAGGUGUAAUUUACAUAUACUACCUGCACAUAUUUAAAAUGUACAAUUUGAUGAGUUUUGACAUAAGUGUGAACCUAGGAAACCAUCAUCGCAGUCCUGAUAAUGACCAUAUCUCUACUUUAUUGCUAGCUGCUGCCACUGAGGCCAGACCUCGCUGGGACAGAAGAGGUUGUAGACUCAAUAUAGAGUUAACAAAAGAAUUAUUUUCUGAAAAGAGUGGGAGAUCUAGAUUUUUUAUUUCGAAUAGUUUUUAAAGCUUUAGUAAGUUAUAAUUCACAUGCAUUAAAACACGUUUAAAGUUUACACUUUGAUACAUUUUUCCAUGUGUAAGAAUCUGUGAAACUCAUCAUAACCAUUAGAAUGAGCAUCUGUCAGUUGCAUAUUUGUCUCCUGUCCUUUUAUCUCCAUGCCUUUCCUGGACCUUACAACAACCAUUGAUUUACUCUGUUUACAGAUUAGUUUGGAUUUUUCUACACUUACAUGAUUGAAAUUUAAAAAGUGGGGGCAGCUGGAUGGCUCAGUUGGUUAGAGUGUGAGCUCUUAACAAUAGGAUUGCCAGUUUGAUUCCCACAUGGCCCAGUGAGCUGCGCCCUCCACAGCUAGAUUG